GUUGACAAUCUAAUUUGACUGAGCUUAUUUUUUGUUGUAACUGCCACCACCAUCUCCAGCUGCACAGUUACUACAGAAAGGGUCUGUUUGCUGCACAAAGAUGAUAUUCACAGGCCAGUAAUCAGAGGUAAAGUACAAUGUGAAAACCAAAUGAAACUCAUAGCAGUAAGAAAACAAAGCGUGUGUGAGACAUCUGAUCAGGGAUCUAGCCAUUAUAGUCUACGUUUUGUUUAAUUCUGAGAAGCAACGUUAGAUUGUUAUAUGAUAUAGUCCGCUAUGUUUCCUACAAGAAAAAAAAUCCAAUUGUUCAAGAUCGUCUGCAGCACUCCACCUGAGAUCCAAUAAAAAUUUUAUAUAAGUAGUUACUGUUGGAAAUCCAACAUACUUUUAUUUGGGCAUAUUUCCUUGUGGUUCCGGAAUUUUAAGCAAUAGUAAAUUAUUAUCGUUCGACGUGCUUCCUGUGGUUCCAUUUUAAGUCGAAAUUCCAGAUGAAAGGUUGAUGGUGAAAGGUGAAAGUGAGGGCACGCAUUCGAUCAGGAAGUUUCAGAAAGAGCAGUAAACCAGUGAAGAUCACCUGCACAAGCAGGGAGAUGCAGGAAGAGACCCGGCUGGAUUUUGUGAACACGGCGGUGUAAAAAUAGCACAAACCGAAAGCUCUUUUACUCCGAAGGACUAGAGGUGGGCGGAGUCGGGACCUGUUGACUGCAGGGUUACCUGAAACAAGUCAACAGCACGAACAGGCAGCGUGCACAAGAUCCUGUGGGGGGCAGAUAAAACCCACCGUGGGUGGGAAUGACCGAUGGAUUCACUCCAGAUAGUGAUCGUUUACCAGCCGGCCACUCCCCGUAAGCCUUCAUUCUGGGGAUAAGUUACCUGAUCGGUGACCGGAGUAACUGAUCUGAUAGGAAAGCUGGAAAUUAAACACCUUUAUACCUGUGAGAGGCUGCAAAUGAUCAGUGCGCUGUAUAACAGGAAGCAUAUCCACUCCAAACUGUACCUUGAUUACAGCAGAACGAAGAUCUGCGCCUCAAGAACACAGAGCUUGCACUGUCAAUUGAUUCUGGUGAUAAACCUCAAAUACACCGUGGAAGUGGAGUGAGUAUAUUUAAAUCUAUUUGUGCCGGAUACGUAUGAAUUAUAGCCCUGAGUGAAACCGUUCUUUUGCUGCACACCAGGGCCGUACUGAACUGGCUGUUCGAUAGUUAACUCCACAUGAGAUAUUAACCCUAUACUGAAACAUGCAUCCAACUUGAAAUUCAGACUCCACCUCAAUCCAGUUAUUUUGUGAUCGACAAAAUGUUAAGUCUGCGAUAGAUUUGACCCUAGGGGCAGCACUGAACUGCAGAGGGUACACACCAAGCAGCUUCAGUCAAUAACCUGGGAGUUUCAUUUCAUCCACAGUGUUUCUUCUGGAAAACUUCCAGGCUCAAAAUCACGAGAGCUUUCUUGAACUGCAGUUUGAGAGACGGGAAGCAAACAACGGCAGUAUUGAAAGGAGCAAAGCAGAGAUAAACAUACAAGGAAACGUGUUAUGUGCCACUGGCUGACCUUAGAGGAUAACGUUUUAUGUUACUCUCCAGUGAGCUCCUGCAGCUUUGCAAUAUCAAGCACCUUUGGCUCUCAAACCAACAAAAUAAGUUUCAGAUCUCCAGCAUCCACGACUGUUUUUAAAUAAUAUUUGAACCAUGUGUCCAGGACUGUGUUAUUCCGAGGUCCUGAAGAAUGCUUGAGGACCCUGAAUGUGAAAGAUUAUGCUAAAAUCCUUCCAUGUUGUGAUUGGGAUUUAGGAUGUCUACAGCAAAUUGAAGUGGAGACCUUACCUGAGUGUAAAGUAUGAAAUUUCUGCCUUCAUACAUCUAAGAUCUAAAAAGCCUGUCUCACGCUUACAUGACUUGACUGUGUGCAUCCAAACAGCAUUGAAGGUUUCGGAUAUAGGAUUAAUCUUUUUACAGGACUCCUUGAGAUGUAUGUUUUGCACAUUUAAUGCCUUACGUUGUUGAAGCUUGACUUCCUUUCUUUUUCUUAUGGCUAUUUGUGGAACAAUUUUACCAAAUGCCUGAGCUUUCCGAGAUCAUGUCUGGCAAUUUCCCAGCAAGUCGUUCCCGGAUCCAGCAGAGUAUCCUGGAAGAUCAGGUGGAAUUAUGGUGGUUCCAAGAUCUUAAACGAUCAAUCCUGUGCUAUGCUGUGGCUGUGAUCCUAAUCCUAGGAACUGGGUUGGGAGGAAUUGUUCUAUUAUCUACAGCUACUAGUAAAUCAAGUGAAUGGAGGCUGGGAGUAGGGACUGUCCUGUGUCUUUUGGCUCUCUGCAUUCUUUUAAAACAACUGAUGAGCUCUGCUAUCCAGGACAUGAAUUGCAUGAGGAACCGAUCACAGAUUGACAAGUUAAGGAGUGGAGGCUUAAUUGAUUAUUUGAUUAUUUUAGUUGCCGGAGUGAUAAUACUAGUCUGUGGCCAUGCAUUGAUAAUCCUAGCAAAUUCUGAUCCUUAUCCUUCGGGUAGAUCCUGGAGUGACAUGUUAAUUGCAGGCACUGCCAUUACAUUAGCUGGAUACAUUAUUCUCCUCUCACUCCUGGUGUACAGUUUAAUCUUCAAAUUCUGCCCCCAUAUAGCUGCCAGCUCCCCAAACAGAGGGGUGCCAAGUGUUUAUGUGAUAUCAUCAGGCAAUGCAGAGGGGAGGCCAAGGGAGUUUUCCUCCAGUACAGCCAAUCUAAUAUAAAACCAGCACUGACUGACUUCACCAGGAACCAAACGUUGCUCAGACUCUGUGAUGACUUAUCAGGCUGGGCUUGUUUGGUGCACAGUUCAUGGUGAAAACAGGAGAAAUUUAUAGGAUAACUGCACAAACAGUCCUUCACAAUAGUAAUUAAUGCAGGCCAGUAUAGAUUGUGAUUCAUUGAAGCCUAAUUUGUAACUAAUUUAUAAAUCUUCACAUUUAACAAUUAUCAUCAUGAGCUGAAAAGAUGAAAUUAGAAUGAAAUUAAUGAAAACUGAAUUGUAAAGGUUAUAUCUGCAGAUAUUACUCAUUGGUGAACAAUUAACUAUUGCAAAUUAUUGUUACCUCACAACUGUAGCUGUUAUGAGUGGUACUCACAUUGCAAAAGCACUUUACUGAGUGAAUCAAGACUAAUGGAAACAAGCAUACUUUUCUACUACUGUCAGUAAUAUCAGUCACUGUUUUACUGCUGAUAAUAAAUGCAAUUGUUAAAUACUUAA